AUGUGGACGUCCGACUUCAGCGACACAUCCCAUUACCAGAAAGAUUCCAUGUCAGUAGAAGACAAGAGGGCACUGGGUCUAAUGGAUUCUACACUAUCAUUUGUUAACGGUCACUACGAGAUGGGACUUCCGUGGCGGCAGGAUGACGCUAGUUUGCCGAAUAAUUUAACACUUGCGCAUGCGCGCCUUCAUCAACGGAAAAGGAAACUCUCUCGUGACAACGUGCUACAUGAGAUGUACACCAAGACAGUAACAGACUACAUAGACAAAGGCUAUGCCAAAGAAGUGAUUAAUAAAGGCUCAAACUCGAAAAGAAUAUGGUACUUGCCUCACCAUCCUGUGAUGAACGUGAAUAAACCCGGAAAGGUUCGCGUUGUAUUUGAUUGUGCCGCGAAAUAUAAGGAUAUUUCACUUAAUAACCAGCUUCUACAAUGUCCCGAUAUGAUGAACAGCCUCGUAGGCGUACUUACCCGAUUUCGACAGGAACAAAUAGCUAUCUCCGCUGAUAUAGAGGCGAUGUUUCACCAGGUUCGUGUGUGUGAGAAGGACUGUGACGCACUUCGCUUUCUAUGGUGGCCUGGCGGGAACAUGUCCAAGACACCUAAGACGUACUGUAUGCGGGUUCGUUUGUUUUGCGCUACUUCCUCCCCUAGCUGUGCGGCGUAUGCACUGAAGAAAACAGCCAGUGAUAACGCAGAUAAAUUUGAAGCCGAGGUUAUAUCGACAGUUGACAGGAACUUCUACGUUGAUGACUGUUUGAAGUCUGUCCCAUAUAAGACGGAAGCAGUGAACCUUGCAGCAGAUUUACAGUCUCUGAUGCGUUUGGGUGGUUUCCGACUCACAAAAUGGAUAAGUAACAGUCGGACGGUACUCAACACGAUUCUGGAUUCCGAACGUGCACCGACGGUUGUUAGUCUCGACCCUGGGGACGUACUACCCUGUGACCGUGCAUUGGGCGUCAACUGGAAUGUUAACGACGAUACUGUUACAUUUAAAAUCAAAGUUGCAGAUAAACCCUUGACAAGACGUGGUAUACUUUCCAUAGUUAGUGCGAUAUUUGAUCCACUAGGAUUUGUAUCACCAGUAACAUUACGCGCGAAGGCGAUUGUGCAAAACCUGUGCAGACAGAAGAUAGGCUGGGAUGAAGAAGUUCCACAGAAAGAACGUGACGAGUGGCAACGAUGGAUAGCCAACCUAUCUCAUUUGGAACAUUUGAGUAUUAAUCGUUGUUUCCGUCUUAGUCACUUCGGCGAAUUGAAGAACGUACAGCUGCACGUGUUUAGUGAUGGUUCUGAGACAGGCUACGGCGCAUGCGCAUACUUACGAUUGACUGAUCAACACAAUAAAAUUGCCUGCAAGCUGGUAGUUGGGAAGUCAAGAUUAGCACCGAUAAAGCAAGCAUCUAUUCCACGGUUAGAGUUAUGUGGCGCUGUUGUGGCCUGCCGUGUUUUAUGCCAUGUUGUCAGUGGAACUGGACCUAAAGGUCGAUCAAGCCAUCUUUUGGACGGAUUCCAUGAUACUUCUUGGAUACAUUAA